GCCCGGUGCGGGGAGGCCCCGGCGCCCCCGCCAUGGCGGCGCAGCCCCCGCCGGGCCCGCGGAAGAGGGGCGGCCCGGCGCUGUGCGGUGCCCCGGCCGCGGCGAACGGCUUCCCGCCCCUGAAGCGCCCCAAGAGCGCGGGGGCGGCCGGGCCCGGCGAGGGGCCGGGGGACCCCUUCGGGGACGGGGACGACUUCACGGCGGACGAGCUGGAGGAGAUCGACAUCCUGGCCUCGCAGGCGCUGUCACGGGAGCCCGCGGGGCCCCCGGGCCGGGCGCGGGGCCCGAGCAGCGCCGAGCGGCGGGAGGACGCGGGGCGGCCCCGGACAGGGGCCAGCACAGAAGAUGCCCUGAUGAGAGAUGCCUUCCAGUUUGAAGUGCUGCAAACACAGCAUGAGGAAAUUAAACGGAAGCUGAAAGAAAUGCAGGAUGAAAUUCUUAUUAAAAAUGGAGAAAUUAAAAUUCUGCGUGACUCAAUGCAGCAGAUGGAGUGUGCUAUGGAGGAGCAAAAAAGAUCAUACGUGCUGUUGGAGCAGCAAAAAUCUCAAACCUUCAGUGAAAAAGAAAAGGAGUUCUCCAAAAAGCUGCUGUCGCUGCAGUCGGAGCUGCAGUUCAAAGAUGCAGAGAUGAACGAACUGAGAACACGACUUCAGAGCUGUGAAAGAAACAAGCACAUUCCUCAGAUGGUUUUAACGUCAAGUCCCAGAAAGAAUAUAGCAAUACAAGUUAAAUCAGAAGGAUGUUCUCCACAGCCUGGAAAAAGAUCCUUUCCUACCAAGGAAUCUUUCAAUGCUGAAAUGUCCACUAGACCAUCAUGUUCCUCAGGAAAUUCAAUUGCCCCAACUACUUCAAUCAAAGAAGACAGUAAGAUGACCCAUCCUGAAGUCUUAUCUGUGAAGCAUGAAGCAACGAGCAAGAACGGUUCCUCCAACUCUGUACAUAAACGAAACCCACAAGGUUCUAUCCUACUAAAUGCCCUGAUGAAGCAGCCACUUGUCCCUGGGUCAUCACUAGGACUCUGCCAUCUUCUUAGCAGUCCCUCUGAGCCUCUGCCUGGAGCUGGAUCCCAGCCCAACUAUGUGGACAGGAAGUCCACACAGCUACCCAGCGGCAGGACAACUCAAGAAGAAACUGCUCCUCUUGUAUCCCUGCAAGAAGUUCAAAAGCUUGCAAUAACAGGCUUGAACUUGAUUGCUAUGGAUGAAGGACUGUCUGAAGGAAGGCCAACAGAAAGCCAGAGAGAGUUCUUGCACCUCACAUGCUGCAAGAUCCGAGGUGCUGUGUACCUCUUGCCCUUGGUGGAACACCACAUUGGUGCCUACUGCCAAGGGGUACAGUUGGCAGACAAGUCAGUAAAUGCUUCUUGUGGAAACCACUCAGCUGUUUCUUCCAGAACCAACACAAAUACGGUGUCAAGUAAGGAGGACUUCAGGUUGUCUCUUGAAGAAACUACAGUUCUAUCACUGGGUGUUCUUUACUAUUUGGUGUUUUACAGCUGGGAUGUUGUCCACACAUUGCUAUCUACUGAGGUGGAAAAAAGUUUUGCUGCUGGAGAUGAACAGGUUUCCAAGAUGGACAAAAACGUGUUGUGUAAUAAUCAGUGUGGCAGUAAAGAAGAUUCCAGGACACAGGGAGGGCUGCCUGUAGCUCCGCUGGAUGCUCCCAGUAACAAUCAAGCUCAACAUUCUUUGUUUAAAAAGCUGCAUCAGGUUUUAGCUUUUUCUGCUGCAAGAGGCUCACAGACUGACAGUAUAAUGAACCAAAGCCUAAAAAUUUUGGUGAAAUUAGCUGAAAAUUCAACAAUGGACUUGCUAAUAAAUUUUCAGCACUUACUGAACAGCCCAGUACUGCUCUGCUGUCUGUGUCCAGAGACCCCUUUGCCUGCUGUCCUUCUGACCGUGAGGCUGUUGUCUAUUCUUGCUCAACACCACACUCUGGUUGCUCAACUUUGUUCUCAUUCAGACACCUGCCUUCUCCUUGCACUGUACACAUAUAUUACAUCAAGACCGGAUAAAUCAGCAUCUGAAAGGCUUUGGCUUCAGCUGGAACAAGAGACAGUGAGGCUCCUGACAAGGUGUGUGCGGGGUCCCAGCCCAGGGGGUUUGUUACCUGGCACAGACUGCCAGUGUCACCUCGAGGUGGUUAAGGCACUAAUUAUAAUGUUACAUAGACAGUGGAUGAAGAUUAGAAGAUCUGAGAACAGCUUGUGUGCAUAUAAGGAACAAAUUACUCAGUUUUUACAGGAUGCUGUUUUACUCUUGCACAGCCUGUCUCAGAAAGAUAAACUGUUUCAUGAACACUCUUUGGAAGUUCUCCAUCAGUAUGACCAAGCCAUGCCAGGCAUAAGAGCCAUCCUCAAGAAGACUCAAAAAUUGAGUGCAUGUGAAGAGCUGAUUUUGGAUGAAUUGUAUCCUCCUGAGCCAGAAGCAGAAGACCAAGGAAUGGACUCCAGCUAGCUAACACCUGUCCUUCCUCAUCUGUAUCAGAAUAAUCAUUGCCAGUGUAAAUCUGAAAUUAAAAUCUAUUUAAUUAACUGAUAAUCUAGAAGUUGUACUCAAAUGCAGCACAACUAGGACACAUGUCUUUGUUGCAAUUAUUUUAUUUAAGCACCAUCUAAAUAGAGCCAAAAGCAAGGAAAUGUUGAUGUAAGAAUGAUACUGCAAUGUACUGUUUUGCUGUGCAAAACCACUCUGGCUGAUGACUGGUUCUGUUUAUUAAUUUCAUCCUUAUAUGAACUUACUGUGAAUAGAAAUUCACCAUUGUGUUCUCUGUUUCACUGAGACUACAGCUGAACUGAUGAUGCUGAAUGUGCUGAGAUGUUUGGGAUCACUGAGUUCACAUGAAAGUCUUUUGAACAUAUUUGUUCCUUUUGCAGUUGUUACACUUUGUUGUUUGACUUCCAAAAUAUUCAUGUUGGUAUUAAACAGUUAACUAUGAUUUUAAAAA